UAUUAAUCUGCAAAUUUCCUCAGAUGACGCAAAGACUGUGACUUCGCCUCCCAUCCCCUCUUCGUCUUCAUCAUCUCCACGUCCCUGCUCUGCGUGUCUCUCCCGAUGCCUCGCUCUUGUCGGAAGGGAGACAGCGACAGACAGCAGACAGGAUGACAAACCAGCCGACAGCCAACCAGUCCAACGCAAACAAGGAGAAGGAGAAAGAAAACCAGCGAGAUGACAACACAGAGAUUGCGUAUAAAGAUGCUGGCCAUUGUAGCCGCAACACACACAACCUGCUGCUGGGACUCACGGUUAUGGGCGUCGUUAUGGGAGCCGUUUUUGGGAUGAUGCUGCGGUACAUGCAGGUGACAGACAGCGCCGCCCUCACAAUGGUUUCCUUUCCUGGAGAAAUCCUUAUGAGGAUGCUGAAGAUGCUCAUCCUGCCUCUUAUCAUCUCCAGCCUUAUCACAGGGCUUGCUGGUCUAGACGCGCGCUCCAGUGGAAGGAUGGGUAGCCGAGCCAUGGUGUACUACAUGUCCACCACUGUAAUCGCUGCCGUCCUCGGGGUCAUCCUGGUGUUGGGGAUCCACCCAGGGAACCCUAAACUGAGGGGAGGCAACUCAUCAUCCACAUCCACGAAAAACCAGGAAGUCAGCAGUCUGGACGCUUUCCUUGACCUGAUUCGAAACCUCUUCCCAGAAAACCUGGUGCAAGCCUGCUUCCAGCAGGUUCAGACGGUGCUGAAAAAGGUGCCGGUCGCAGCACCAAACCAAACUGAGCCCAUAUUAGUGAACAGAAAAAAACUGGAAUACAAAUGGGGCAUGAACGUCCUCGGUUUAAUUGGCUUCUUCAUCACCUUUGGGAUCUGCAUGGGCCGGAUGGGCGAGCGUGGGAAGGUCAUGUGUGACUUCUUCAACAUCCUCAAUGAAAUUAUCAUGACGAUGGUGUCCAUGAUCAUGUGGUACUCUCCUGUCGGCAUCGCCUCUCUGAUUGCAGGAAAGAUCGCAGCUAUCGGGGACCUGGAGGUGGUAGCCAGGCAGCUGGGCAUGUACAUGGUGACUGUCAUUGUGGGUCUGGUGAUCCACGGGGGCUUGAUCCUACCCGCUAUAUUCUUUGCAAUCACCAGAAAAAGCCCCUUUGCUUUCUACUCUGGGAUCUUCCAGGCAUGGAUCACAGCCUUGGGCACUGCUAGCAGCGCCGGAACAUUGCCGGUCACCUUUCGCUGCCUUGAGGAAAAUCUGAAGAUUGAUAAGCGUGUGACUCGCUUCGUGCUUCCCAUAGGUGCCACCAUUAACAUGGACGGCACUGCCUUGUACGAAGCCGUGGCCGCCAUCUUUAUUGCCCAAAUGAAUGACAUCACCCUGGACUCUGGGCAGAUCGUUACUGUCAGUAUGACCGCCACACUGGCCAGUGUUGGAGCCGCCAGUAUUCCUAGCGCUGGACUGGUAACCAUGCUACUGAUUCUGACAGCUGUCGGCCUGCCUACCCAGGACAUCAGUCUGCUGAUCGCUGUCGACUGGCUGCUUGACCGAAUGCGUACCUCCAUCAAUGUCGUUGGCGACUCAUUUGGUGCCGGGAUUGUGGAUCACUUGUCAAAGACGGAGCUCACCGAACUUGAUGCAGCCGAAAUGCAAACGCUCCCGCAAGAGGGGGAGCUCGAUUUCGUCCCUCCGCCGCCAAUCCUCACGGAGAUGGACAUGGUCGACCCUCUCAAACCGCCCGAGCUGCCUCCUCGUUCCCCUCGCCCACCCAAACAAAACCACCACAGUCACAUACUCUCCCAAUCCCACUCCAUCACUUACUCGCCAUCCCGUUCUGUCCGGUCUCCGUCACCACGCUCCAUCAGUUCUCCCUCUCCGCGUUCCGUCUGUUCCCACUCUCCCAGGCCUUUCCGUACUCAUUCCCCACGCCUCCUGCGCAGGACAGAGCCGGGAUAUUGUGUCCUGCCCAGCCAUGACAAUCAGAUUCCCACACUGCCGCGCUCCUACAGAGAGAGAGAGAGAGACCGAGAGAGAGAAAGAGACAGGGAGCGGGAGCGACUGAGGCGAGAGAGUGAAACUGAGGAGGAAGAGGAGAGGGAGAGGGUUCUGGGCGAAGUAAGCGACGGUGAGGAGAGCGAUGACACUGCUUACGAUCGAAGGCACACCAUCCCGCCGUGCGACCUGCCGUGAUCAGAUUUCACCACCAGCGUGUUUCACAGUCGAUUUGUUUCCACUUUUACGACAGGUUUUAACCACUUUCAGCUUCACUCUUCAGUGGAGGUACAGAGUGGGUUGCAUUGCUAAUUUUUCAAUGCACGGAUCUUAAAAUGUCAUGAUGGCAAUGCAGUGUAAUAUUCCCAAGAAGGCCCUUAAAAACCAGGCCUGAGACUUUUGCCCUGUGGUUGGAUGCUGAAAGAGUUUCUUUUCCUCCUUAUCUUAUCUACUCCAGUCUUGAUUUAUAAUUUUUCUUCUGAAAUCCACCCAAACCUAAAAUGUUCCCAAACACAUACACGUCCACUAAUUCAACUGAUGCCAGAGAAUGUGAGUCUGCUCUUGAUGAAAAAAGUCUGCUGGUGCUCUCACCAGCCUUGUAACGCACAAACAGGAAUUCAUUUUGCUCAGAUUCCCUUUGCUUCCCUUUAAGGAAGUUUUAAAAAAAAUGUACUUUUAAUAGAAAAGUUUGACAUUUUGAGGACAUUUGCAGUGAGGAAAAAUGUAUUCACAGUUAAAGACUAAUAUCAUUAACUGUAAAUAUAUGUAGAACUUCAGGUAGUUUUCAGUGGAAAACGGCUGGCCUGGUUCUCUUUCAAGGUCAUAAAACAUUUACUAGCACCUUUAAAUCUCAUUAAUUAACAGGUGAUGUCUUUUUCUAACAAGUUUAAAAGCUGAAUUUAAAAUGUGCACGUUUGCUGGAUGUUAAAUUUUUCACUAGAGUGACAGUUUGAUCCUUUCAAAGCCCUGCAUUGCAGGUGGUCACCAGUACUGGUGGAUUUACUUCACUUUGGAGAUAGCCAGGAUAGCUGAUUCCUACUAGUGUUUUGGCUGAGAAAACUAGCAGGUAAACUGUAGCUUUAUAAUUAGUAUACUGAUAGAAAGUACUCGUUUUAAUUCUGCUUUAUCGAUAUAGUUCCAAAUCAGAACAGUAGUCAACUCAAGGUGCUUUGAGUUGACUACGUUUGAGACCCUAUCGUAUUUUGGAGCGAAAAACUCCAGAAUCAGAUGAUCCCCUUUGAACAAGCAGCAGGUGACAGUGGGAAGGAAAAACUCUCUUCUGACAGGAAGAAAUCUCCAGCAG